GGAGGAAGAGUGUCGGUGGGGACGUGCAGGGAGCCGGAGCUGCGGAGGCAGGAGGGAAGGGCUCUCCCCGGUGAGGUUUGGGCUACCUGCUGCGGGGGGGAUGGAGGAGCACGGCCACCCGUACGGAGCCCGCAGCCCCGCCUGGGAGGAACUGGAGUCCGGGAAGAUGGCCGGGGCCGAGGCGGGGAUGAGCGGCGCCGGCAUCCAGCAGCAGCCCCAACACCCGGCGGCGGUGGGAGCGGCGGUGGGGGCAGCGGACGAGUCGUCGGACAGCGAAGGGGAGCACGAGGGCCCCCAAAAACUCAUCCGCAAAGUGUCCACCUCGGGGCAGAUCCGCAGCAAGACAAGUAUAAAAGAAGGAUUACUACUGAAGCAAACCAGUUCUUUUCAGAGGUGGAAAAAGCGUUAUUUCAAGCUUCGAGGUCGUACCCUUUACUAUGCUAAGGAUUCAAAGUCUCUAAUAUUUGAUGAAGUUGACCUGUCAGAUGCCAGCGUAGCUGAAUCAAGCACAAAAAAUGUCAACAACAGCUUCACGAUAAUCACUCCAUUUAGGAGGCUAAUAUUGUGUGCUGAGAACAGAAAAGAAAUGGAGGACUGGAUAAGCUCUUUGAAGUCCGUACAGUCCAGGGAACACUAUGAGACCGCACAGUUUAAUGUGGAACAUUUCUCAGGGAUGCAUAACUGGUACGCCUGCUCCCAUGCCCGACCUACCUUCUGUAACGUGUGUAGAGAGAGCCUCUCUGGAGUCACUUCUCAUGGCCUGUCUUGUGAAGUGUGUAAGUUUAAAGCACAUAAAAGAUGUGCUGUCAGAGCAACAAAUAACUGCAAAUGGACUACAUUAGCCUCCAUUGGAAAAGAUAUCAUUGAAGAUGAAGAUGGUAUAGCUAUGCCUCACCAGUGGUUAGAGGGUAAUUUGCCUGUCAGUGCCAAAUGUGCAGUUUGUGACAAGACCUGUGGCAGUGUUUUACGCCUGCAAGAUUGGAAGUGCCUUUGGUGUAAAGCUAUGGUUCACACUGCCUGUAAAGAUCUGUAUCCUCGUAAAUGUCCACUCGGCCAAUGUAAGGUAUCGAUCAUACCUCCAACAGCACUAAACAGUAUAGACUCUGAUGGUUUCUGGAAAGCCACAUGCCCGCCAUCCUGUGCCAGUCCUCUUUUAGUUUUUGUUAACUCAAAGAGUGGAGACAAUCAGGGAGUAAAGUUUCUUCGUCGAUUCAAACAGUCGUUAAAUCCAGCUCAGGUGUUCGAUUUAAUGAAUGGAGGACCUCACUUAGGUUUGCGAUUAUUUCAGAAGUUCGACAACUUCCGGAUUCUUGUAUGUGGUGGAGAUGGAAGCGUGGGUUGGGUGUUGUCAGAAAUUGAUAAACUCAGCUUGCACAAACAGUGUCAGUUAGGAGUGUUACCCCUUGGUACUGGAAAUGAUCUUGCUCGUGUCCUUGGUUGGGGAGGAUCCUGUGAUGAUGAUACACAACUUCCUCAGAUUUUGGAGAAAUUGGAACGAGCCAGCACAAAAAUGUUAGACAGAUGGAGUAUAAUGUCAUACGAACUGAAAUUACCAGCAAAGCCUUCUAUUCCUUCAGUCACUGCAGAAGAGGAGUCAGAGGAAUGCCAGAUAUCUGCUUAUGAGGAUUCAGUUGCUGCUCAUCUUGCAAAAAUUCUCAAUUCUGAUCAGCACUCAGUUGUCAUAUCAUCUGCCAAAAUAUUAUGUGAAACUGUAAAGGACUUUGUUGCCAAAAUAGGGAAGACUUAUGAAAAACCAAUGGAAAAUGCAGAUGAAGCUGAUGCCAUGGCCAUUAAAUGUUCAGAGUUAAAUGAGAAGCUAGAUCUGUUGCUCCAAGCUCUUCACACAGAAGCCCAGGCUGCUCCUAUUCUCCCAGGCAUCACUCCCCACAUCGUGGAAGAAGAAGGAGAGGAGUUUUCAAGUGAGGAAUCCUUGUCUGAAAGUAAAGAGCAAUUAGCAGAGUGUGUUGCAAAGUCUUCCACCCAGAAACUCUUCAAACCAAGAGAACAGUUAAUGCUCCGAGCAAACAGCUUGAAGAAGGCCGUGAGGCAGAUCAUUGAACAAGCAGAAAAAGUUGUGGAUGAGCAGAAUGCUCAUACUGAAGAACAAGUGAACCAGUCCCCUGUAGAAUAUAGCAAAGAAUUGGAUGAAUCCAAAGAAGAGGAAAAAGACGAAGAUACCAAGGAAUAUGAGUCCCAGUCAAUUAAAACUGCACCAAGAUCUCCAGAUCGACGUACAAGUCGAGGUAUCCAUUCCCAGACAGGCUCCUUCUCUGCUCCAGCUUUGGCUGCCAGUAAAGAAAACCUCCCUGUGCUUAACACUAGGAUUAUCUGCCCAGGUUUAAGGGCUGGCCUAGCUGCUUCUAUUGCAGGAAGUUCAAUUAUUAGUAAAAUGUUGCUAGCAAACAUCGAUCCAUUUGGUGCUACACCAUUUAUUGACCCGGAUCCAGAUUCACUGGAGGGAUAUUCAGAAAAAUGUGUCAUGAACAACUAUUUUGGAAUUGGGUUAGAUGCAAAAAUUUCACUUGAAUUUAAUAACAAGCGAGAAGAGCACCCUGAAAAGUGCAGAAGUCGGACAAAAAACAUGAUGUGGUAUGGAGUUCUUGGCACAAAAGAGCUGCUGCAGAGAACUUACAAGAACUUAGAACAAAAAGUUCAACUUGAGUGUGACGGACAAUACAUCCCCCUUCCAAGUCUGCAGGGCAUAGCUGUGCUAAACAUUCCCAGUUAUGCUGGUGGGACUAAUUUCUGGGGUGGAACCAAGGAAGAUGAUAUAUUUGGGGCCCCAUCUUUUGAUGAUAAAAUCUUAGAAGUUGUGGCAGUAUUUGGCAGCAUGCAGAUGGCAGUUUCAAGAGUUAUCAAACUGCAGCACCACCGGAUAGCUCAGUGUCGGUCAGUGAAGAUCACCAUACUUGGUGAUGAAGGGGUUCCAGUGCAAGUUGAUGGAGAGGCAUGGAUCCAGCCCCCAGGAGUUAUUAAAAUUGUACAUAAAAACAGAGCUCAGAUGCUAACACGAGACAGAGCCUUUGAAAACACCCUGAAGUCUUGGGAAGACAAACAGAAGUAUGAUUCCUGCAAACCUGUCAUUCGAUCUCCCUUGUACCCUCAACAGGCUGUUGAGUUGGCUACAGAAGAAGAAGUCACUCAGAUACAGCUUUGUUCACAAGCUGCAGAAGAACUUAUUACCAGAAUCUGUGAAGCAGCAAAAAUACAUGGCCUCUUGGAGCAAGAGCUUGCUCAUGCUGUUAAUGCAUGUUCACAUGCAUUAAAUAAAGCCAACCCACGGUUUCCUGAGAGCCUUACCAGAAACACUGCCAUGGAGAUAGCCGUCAAUGUGAAGGCCUUACAUAAUGAAACUGAGUCCCUGCUAGUAGGAAGAGUUCCUUUGCAGUUAGAAGCUCCCCAUGAAGAGCUGCUCUCUGAUGCUUUGCACAGCGUGGAGACAGAGUUGAGAAAACUUGCUGAGAUACCUUGGCUUUAUUAUGUUUUUCAACCAAAUGAUGAUGAGGAUCCUCCUUUGGAUUAUGCUAAAAGAAACAACAGAAGUACAGUGUUUCGCAUAGUGCCAAAGUUUAAAAAAGAAAAAAUUCAGAAGCAUAAGACCAGCCCUCAGCCUGUUCAAAAAUGGGGCACAGAUGAAGUUGCUGCUUGGCUGGAUCUGCUCAGUUUGGGAGAGUACAAAGAAAUCUUCAUCAGCCAUGACAUCCGAGGCUCUGAGCUUUUACAUCUGGAAAGGCGAGAUCUUAAGGACCUGGGGAUAACGAAAGUGGGUCAUAUGAAGCGAAUUCUCCAGGGAAUUAAAGAGCUCGGCAAGAACACCUCUUUGUCUGACGUGUAAUUAUGCUGGUACUCUCCUGAGAGAGAGAGGGAAAGUUGCUGGAGAAGCAGAGCUGUUUCAGGCACUUAGCUGCCUUUGUAUACUGUAUGGAAGAAUAAGCACUGGUGUAUUUGUACAGGCUAGUGUCUCUGAAUGCUUGUAUGGUGAAGAGCUUGUUGCAAGAGCAUAAAAGGAUUUGUGCCAAAAAAAAAAAAAAAAAAAAAAAGAAAAGGUUAUAUGUUCUAUGAUGGCAUUUUCUUGGUGUUCAAACUUGGCCAGUUCAGAUAAGCACAUUUUGGUAAAUGAGUUGGUUGACGGUGAACUGCACUGACUGGAAAAUAUAAUUGAGAAAUGAUCGCUUUGCUUACAUGCAGCUCAGUAUGCCUCUCUUUACGACGCAGCAAGAUGCCACCGUACAGCAUGAGGUUGUCUGGUAGUCCUUUCCAGGCAUGGCUUCCAUAAAACCUCCCGUGCAGGAGACUGAGAGGUGGCCGCUUUUGAGGUUCAACAUGCGAGUCUAGCAAUGCCUCAGGUACCUCGCACUCACGGGCCACGCAGGACGGGGAAAGAUACCUUGUUAUACCAUGAAUGCAAACUAUAAUGCAUGGUGUGCCUGCCUGAAUUGUCUGUUGUUCCGUUGCAUGACACUUCUGAUACUUUAAACACUUGAACAACUUUUAUAUCAGUUUGAAUGAGAUUUAAUUUAUUACUACUUGAGUGUCCUUUUUUUGGUUUCAGGCACUUUUCUAUUCUUCAGUGUUGUGUUAUUCCUAAAUGUGUUCUAUGGCAAAGGAUGUGUGGGUGUGGAAACUUAGCAUUUGUGCCAUAUUCAGCAAAUUAUAUGCAUUAUAUAUGAUUGAAACACUGUACAGUUAGAUUUUUAAAUAUACCAUGUACAGAAGGUGUAUCAGGUAACUAACUUAUGAGUAUUUUUGAAAGACCGGUACCUCACAAAAAUAUCAAUUGGCUUCCUGCAUGGAAAAUUAUAAAGAAUUUUCUCAUGGUGCAUUUUAAUGUAGUUAUUCAGUUAUCUUAAACAUCUGUAGCUUAUUUGAACUUGUAGGAACUAAUGGUUUUAUUUAUUCUAUUGUUCUAAAAGCAGGUUGAAAGAUUAAUGAAAAUUUUUAUGGGAAAAUUUAAAGUAUUUAUCAUAAGUAAGAAAAGUGUUAAAAUGUAGCAUCUGAUCUGAUUUUUGUGGGGUAAAAGCUUUUACUCAUUACUAAUUUACUAUUAAUUUAAAAUGUAUAUGUAUGCAUUUCUUUACAAAGGCAUCAAUUUGUUUCUUGUCAGCACUCCUACAUCAGUAGAUCAUAAAAAAAAUUAAACUCUAAAGUUUUACACUAUGCAUGCAAAGAUGAAUCACAUGCAAGCCAAUAAUCUACGAGUGUAAACAGGUUAAAAAAUGAAAACCAUAUUUGCUUAGUAAUUGCAUUAGACUAGAGUUUAUAAGGUUAUUUACAGUUUACUUAAACAAAAUAUAGCUUCAUAAUUGAAUUUCCUGGUUAAUUUCUCACAAAGUAUUAAUCCAGUAGAAAAAUAAUGUGCUUUAUAUUUUAUAUAAAUAUGAAAUAUAUCUAGGGGUUAAGACACAAAAAAAACUACUUAAAUGUUUGAGAUGAGAUGAUAUUGCAUUACAUGCCAGAGAACUCGCCCAGAACCUCUGUCUCCUUGCUGUUCUUAUCAACGUGGCAUUCCCACCAGAGGAACACUUGACUUACGCUCUAUCAAGUAUCUUUGUCAAUUCCUACAGGUUAAGGAGUAUGCUAAUAUGUAUUUCUGUUUUCCUAGUAGACAAUAGAGUAAGGUUUCAUUUGUUUGGUAAAAAGCUUUCCCCUGCAUAAAAGGGACAACGUCAAGUACCACUUCCUGGUUUUUUCAUCCUUUUCUCAUGAGGAUGAUGGGAAUCAUCCCUUGGAAAAUCAGAUUGGUUCCCUUCAUUGUUUUAUCACAAGAGAUGUUAAAAAGCAGUAAAACAGGCUUCGUUUAUAUCCAGUACUAUGUGCUCUUGCUGCUGUAGGUUAAACCAGCACCACUCUGGGUGCUUUGUGGACAUAAUCGAUUGUUCUGGUCAACAAACAAAAGUAAAGGGCUAUGUUCCAUUAGGUUUUUAGUAAAAAACAUCACAAAAGCUGCUUGCCAAGUGACAUUAUUUUCAUGCUGUUGUAUUAAAAGCAUAUGUAAACAAUGGAAAGUUAUGCAAACAAUGGAAAGAUAUAUAUUUUUAAUGUACUUGACGUUGACCCCUUUAAUGAUGUUCAGAUGGCAUCUGUCAAGUCUUCACAAGUUGUAUUUCCUUUUUUUUUUUUUUUUUUUUUUUUUUAAUAAUGUGCAGCAGCAUUCUAAUAUGUCAAUAUUAUGGUAGACUAUGUAGUUAGUAUUCCUGGUGAAGUCAAGGAUGGAAUUCAUGAAAGAACUUUCUUUGCUUUUCUGAUUGUAGGAUUCACUCUCUCCACAAUUUUCAGUCUUGCUAUAUGCAAUGUGGUAAGAUGGGCUAUAGAGCAGGAUAUCUUAAGUUAAGACAACAUGAUGAUGGCUAUAGAGGCCUAAAUGAGUAUAUUAAAAAAUCAGAGGUGCUUUUAGGCAGGCAGAAUGACCAACUGUUGUUUUGUAAUGUGAUUUUCUUAUGACACUUUUAGAUUACCUCAUUAUAGGACAACUUGUCUUUGCAAAGUUCCAUUUUUUUAAGUGACCACCAAAGAAUUCAACUUUGAUUGUCCUAAAGCAAAGUUUGUUUUUUUUUAAAUGUGCAAAUAGAAAAAGUAUUUUAAACAUCAGUUAUGCUAUAUUUAAUAGCAUGAUCUGUAUGCCCAGGAGAGCAUGUUUUAUGCAGCUCUAUGCCUUAGAAUAGUUUUGAAUAUCAAUUCCAAAUGCAUUUGAUAAGGAGGCUCAAAAUAUUUUAUGGGAUUUUGCUACUGAGGUCAUGGGUUAUAACUAUCUUAUGUGAUGUGGCUUUUCUAAGGAAAGAUUUUUGAACACAGUGUUAACUAUCUCAUGAUUAUUGCAGAUUUCCGAGUAUUGUUUUUUUUCCUUAGCACUGUCAAAAUCUCAGCUCCUAGAACUGAGGACAUACAUAGAUUGUAUAUUAGCAAACAGAAUUCUUUAUAAUUUAAUCCCGAUGUUUAAAGUGCUUUAAAGCAUACUCCCUAAUAUUUCAAUACAAAUAAGCCAAUUCCCUAGAAGCAGUUAAUUUUCUAGAAAACUAGUUAUCCCAGAAGCUGUUGUGGAGCCUGCUUCAACAUGCUAGUGUCAUCAAGACAAAAAAACACUGUAUAGUGUUUACUGGAUUAAUUUUUCUUUUGCCAUUAUUCUAAUAUACUUAACUUCCGUGGUCAGUCAGCAUACCUUAAAAUCUGUGAAAGCAAUGCCAAGCAAUCAACAUUUUUUGAAGUGGAUGAUAUUCAUGUAGAUUAAUGUGCUAUGCUUCAGAAAGUGGAAGAGAAGGUAUUUAAAUGACAGUAGAUUGCUUAGCACGUGUUUAUGUUUUGUCAUUUUCAAGUAGAAUUUUUUCCAGCUUGUCGUGUUCAAUUGUUAUAGCAGCCUCUGAUUUGGGUGAUGGAUGUAUUACCUUUGUAUUACAUAAUGUCUUCUUUUUAGAAACUGAAUGAAGUCAGGAAAGCUCAUUAUUUUAUCUUUUUUUUUUUUUUUUUUUUUUACAAUACUUUACAGAAAAAAACUUGUUCAAAAAUAUUUUUUUACUAUGAUGGCAACUACAAAUUUUCUUCAUGAUAUCUUUUUGUGUAUUUCUCCCUAACCAUUAUUUUUUCUCCUAAACACCUCUUUCUUUCAAAUAAAAAUAUUUUAAACCUCUGGAAGAACAGUAAAAGAUAAAGCAUGUGAUCAAAAACCUUCCCAGACAAUUUUCAUCCAGUAUUUCUUACUUUGGGACUUGAGUAAAUAUCCUUGGUCCUAUAAAUAAUAAAUAGAAAACAUCUUUCUUUCUCCAUCCCCACCCAAAGAAAUUCAGACUGUAAUGUUUAUAAUUGUAAUUCAAGUAAGAGGAAUUGAUUUUUUUUUAUAAUGGCCCGUUUCAUAUAUUCCUUUAUUUUUGUUGUUGUUUGUUUGUUUUUGUAAUGAGAAAUACAAAACCUGACAAUUUUUAAUUGAACUCAGUGAUGCUCAUUCACUUAAUGAAAAUUUCAUUAUGCCCUGAUAAUUCACAGAUCUUGUUGCAAGGCUAAAAUAAUCAGUCUUUUUCAUCUAGGUAGGAAACCUUCACAUGUAAUGCAAAAGUAAUGUUUAAACCAACUAGGAGAGGAAGUACAGCAGUAUUACUUUUAAAAGAAAUUUAAAACUACAUGUUACACAUAGAUAAUUUCACCAAGGACAUACAAGAAAAACAACAAGAACAACAAAACCCACAAUGAUUCCAUUUUGCUUGGUGCUUGCUAUUAAUUAUUGCAUUACUAAUGUUUGCUACUUUUUCUCCAUUGCUCUAUCUGUGCCCCUGAGUAAGUAUUAAGUUCUUGAAUACAAGUUUGAGAGUUCUGGUAACUAAUAAUUAGCGGUAUAAAGUGUAUUUGUGAAAGUUAAAGUUGCAAGCAAUGUAUGUUGUUGAGGAUCACUGAGCUGGAGCAAUAUAUUUAGUGUACAACCAGGAAAUCAUUCUGUCACUUAUGUCAGUGAGAGCCCCAGAAAACUGUAUGAGUUUUGUUUUUAGUUUUUCACCCCAACAUACCUCUCAACUGCAAUGUCCUGAGUGUUGCAUUUAAACCAUGGGCUCUCCCAUUUUUUGAUUGUUUUCAUAGAUUGUAUGUUUUGUGGUAUGAUUUUCAUAUCAUCAAGGUUUGAUGCUGCUUAUGCUAACUGCAAAGAUUUGAUGUUUGCAGGAACUGUACAUGACUGUAUUGCUGUCUUACGUAAAAGGAGCAGUUUUUGAUGACUCAAGGAAGCUGAGGAGUUUGGACAGGACUUUAAAUCUGUCUACUGCCUCUUCAGAGCUGAAUGAUAGUGUCAGUAGGAUUGAUAAAGCAUCAUGUGGUAAUUAUCAGUAGAAGAUCUUUACUGGUUGUAUAAAUUCAUGUAUUUAUAUAUAAAGCAUAGUGUGGAACUUGAUCUUUUCUACAAAAAGAAAAAAGAUUUUCUAGUUCUUUUCUACUACUGUUGCAUUAGGUUUAAUAGCUCUGUUAAUGGUUAGCUUAUGUACUUGAAAUGCUCAUUUCUGCCAUACAGAAGCCCAGUCUGUUUCUCAGAAAUUGUAUUCCAUUUGGAAACCAUCUGGAUUGUGCCAGGAGUAUUCCUGCUGCCAGUUGGAGCUAAUACCACCAUUCACAGUAACUUUUGUAGGCUUAAAUUGAUUGCCCACAAUUUUAUAAUUAAAAAAAUGCUUUUGAAAGUUACUUUUUUUUUUUUCUUUUUUAAGUAUGUAGAACUAAACUCAAAACAUGCUCCUUUCAUUAUCUGUAAAAGUGUGUGUGUAUAUAUAUAUAUAUGUAUGUAUGUAUAUAUAUAUUAGCACUGUUAACACUUUAGUAAACUAGCAAAAUGCUGGCAAUUACAGACCUGAGAGUAUUCCUGGACAAAUUGUAAUGAAUUUAGCUGCAUUGCUUGAAGAGCUACCACCUUCAGAGCAGCCAAGAGAAAAUUCAUAUAUUUACAUGGUAGAGUGAUAAAAAUCUCUUUCAAAUAGUUGAAGACCUUGUUUCCUAGUUGACACACACUUUUUAUGUAAGUAUUUGGAUGGGAUUUUGAGUUCAUGUUCAUGUAACCUAUUGCUUAUAUUAGCAAGGGCAGAAGAAGCUGGUGUGUAAUUUGUAUUUAACACAGGUCACAUCUGUACUCAUGUUCCCACACUGCUUCCCAGCUCCUGUGUCUGGAUUCCCAGCUGCUUGGCAAGAUGAGACCCUCGCACGUCUCCCCCAGUUUCCAUUCAGAAUAGCAGGCUAGGAAAAAUCUGUGGGAUGCUCUAGGAGGUCUCCUAAACUGACCAAGGCUUCAGGCUUCUAAGUCUCCCAUAGUCAUAGUGGGUUAAAAUCCUCCAGGUUGUACUCCUGCAAUCCCUGUCAAAAGCAUGAUUUAAUUUGCCAUCUUGCUAACAAUUAGCACUAUCUGCUUGAACGCCCUUUGAAAAAGAAGUGCUUGGGUAACUUCAUCAACUGUGUCAGAUUGCUGAUACUACUAGAACUUAUGAUAGCUAUUUGUAGGACAGGUAUGCAAGUGACUAUUCUACAGAACAAAUACUUUGGGAAAAAAAAUGUAGUAUGAUUGAAAGAUUAGUGAUGGGACUGAAAAGAAACAAAGUAAAAUAUGGUACAAAGCUUAAAGCCAUUUUAUUUAUUUAUUAACAAAUAAAAACCUCUACAACGCCCCAAAUCUCUACUAUGAACAUUUGAAGGGAAUUAGCAUUUUAAGUCCUAGAAUAAUUAGAUUGGAAACUUUUUAGUUAUUGCUAAUCUGACAAUGACUUUAACAGGGAAAGAGUUAUAGAUAAUACUAUGUUUUUCUCCCUCCCUGCAUUCGUUGCAGUAAGCUUGGCAUGGGACUGCUUCUCAUUCCAGCUGUGGUCAAUUAUUAUGUGAAUACAGAGGUUGAGGAAAACUGUUAGAAGCUGCUUUGUUUUGUUUCUUCUGUGAGGGAGACGUGCUGACAAGACAUGACAUGGGUGGGUCUUAGUGAGAUUUUUAAGACAUCAGAGCUUCUUCUCAGAUAAUUUGUGAAUGUUUAUGAUGAGUACAUAGAUGUGGAGACACUCGCCCAGAAGGUUUCCAGUGGCACUGUCCUCUCACAAGAUGCCUCCUCUCUCUAUUGAAGUAGGUAUUUCAAUAUGCUUUAUAUUGUACCAUAACUCACAUACAUAUCAACUAUCUUAAUAAACAAAUAAUGUCUUAAAUACCAGUAAAAUCCAGAAUCUAAGUAAGCACUUGCCUUAUCUCUCUCCACUGAUAGUUAUUUUUUCAGAAUACAUUCAUUGGUAUUCUUCACUUGGGAAGGGUAGAAAGUUUCCAUAGGAAGUCCAGAGCAGGUUAUCUUUUAAUCUGAGUGCUAUGGAAUUGCUGUGGAUGUUCUGGCAUUUUCAAAAAGCUAAUUUCUUCUUAGGGUAUUCCAGAGGUGCUGAGAGGAUCCUAGCACAACAUGAGGUUUCUCUUAUUAGCCAGGCUUGUCUCUUAAAGUAGUAUUCCAGCCAAGUGCAUUCACUUAUUUGCUUGAGUAAAUGCGUAAAGUACACAUGUAAAUGUUGCUGGAUGCAUCCCAUUCAGAGAUGUGACACUGUAGUUUUCUACAUAGCUCAUAUGUUUGGGUCUGAAUGUGUUCUGAAGCAAAAAGCUGAAAUAAGCAAUUUCUGCUUUUCCGCUUUUUUUUUCUGCUUUCAUCAAUUAGAAGAUGAAAAUACAUAACCUAGUUUGUACUGUUCUAGUCAGGUGGAAAAAAAAAUAAAUCACAGAAUCAAAGGAUGGUUUAGGUUGUAAAGGACCUGUGGAGGUCAUCUUGUCCAACCUGUGUGCUCAGUAGCUUCUGCUGUUCAUUUCCCCUUGGUCCUGCUUACCCCACAGGGAAAUUCGUUGUCUUUGCAAAUACACAGAUUAAGGCCACAGACUGUUGGCACUUACAUGUGUGCUUGGCUUCAAACAGCACUUUAGUCCCGCUUUGAGAUUGCUCAUGUAUUUUAGUUUUAGCAUUUACGUGUAAGCCUACAAGAGAUUUGGGUAGGUAGAAACUGUUCUUCACAUGGAAGUCAUUGUCAGACUGAUCAUUGGUAGACUUUUGAAUGCCAUACCUAUGAAUGUUGUUCUCUUGCCAGUAUUUGCAUGUGCAUGUAUGUAUAUAUGCAGUAUCUAGUUAGUAGUGUGUGUGCACGCACACCUGUACAUAUAUAUGUAUAUAUAUGCCCUGGUUUUGCCCAAUAUAAUGAUGCCAACUUGUGUGUAGAGCCAAAAAAAACUUAAAUAUAUACAAUGCUUGAGAUGCUGCAUUGUUUUUAUGAUAAUAUUUUUAUAUCAGAUGAAUUGCAGGAUGUUUACAGAUGCUUAUUAAUAUUUAACUUAUACAAUGGAGUGGCAGGAUGUUUAUGAUUGUUGUCAGCUAAAGAAUUGUACAAGAUUCUGGGUGAAAUUUUGGCUUUGUUGAAAUCCUUGGCAAAGCUCCUAUUGAUCUCACUGGGGCCAAGAUUAAACCCUUCUGAAUCUAUUGUUUACUGGCUAUUUUCCUACUGUGAUUUUUUUUUUUUUUGAAUGACUGAAAUGGAUUUAUUUAUCCCAAUGUGAAAUCUGCAGUUGCUAUUUGGAUUUUUCUACAGAACCUGCAAAAUACAACACAAGUGGGAAUAUAUGCCUCACUGAAUGUACAGACUUUUUCAUUGUUCUAGUCCUUGAAUUUGUCUAAGAAAAUAGCUUCUAAAAUAACUUUUGUAAGAUUUAAUAUAGAAUCUUCUAAAAAUAGAUCAUUUUUCAUAUCUUCUUCCACAAAGUUGGCAUGCAGUGUAGUAAAUGAAGAUGAAGAAUUAUUUAUACAGUUCAACUGGCUUGGCAGAUCUGGAAUGAAACAUAAAGAACCUCAUCCAAAAAUACCUUAUCUAAACAAACAAACAAAAAACCAACCCAACUUUAUAUUAUAUAGUGUUUUAAACUUCUCGUCAAGACAUGGAGGUAUCUUCAGAGCCAGUCUGUAGAAUUAUUCUUUUAAUAUUUCAUGAGUGAAUACAAUUAUGCAAAUAUUAAGUGGUAGAGUAAGUCAGACAACUGCUUGACAUUAAAGAAAGCACUUAUUAAAAGACAGAAGGCUCAGUUCUUCUAGCACCAGGGAGGAAAAAUACUGUAAUGCAGUGCUUCCUAAAUCCCCUUCCAGGGUAUCUUUUAAUUCUGUAUGCUCCAAAUAUAUUCUUCCUGUAAAGAGACAGAAGGCUGUGUAACAGCCUAAUAAAUACAAACUAUUACUAUUUUUUUCACCUGAGGCUAAAAAUUUUGUUUUCAAGCAAGAGCUAUUGUGCACUUUGAAAUAUAUGUGUCUGGAACAGGUAAGUUUGUAUUCAUUGUAGGUAGCCAUCCCAGGGGUACAGUAGGACUUGCAAAAUUAGGUAGUUAUCAACAACAUUAUCAAAUGUUAUCAGAAGCUGCAGAAGUAGGGAGCCAGCCUUAUUCCCCUGUGAGGCUCUUUCUGAAGACAUCUGUAUAGAAUGCCCACCACCCCCAGGCUUCUUUUGCUAUAACUUUGUUUAAGAAAGGAUAAUCCGAUCGACACUCUUCCCUUGCUAAUAAGGAAGGAAGUAUGCACGCUGGUUGAACUUUCCAGGAUUUUGUCUCUAUUGGCUAUAGAAACCUCAAAAGAAUAAUCAGCAGGGGCUUACAAAGGAUACACAGGGCUCUGCCUGGGCUCGCUGGUCUCCUAAUGGGGGAUCUGAUUGCAGAUUUGGGAAAAAAGCUCCCAUUGUGCUCCCUCUGUGGUCAGUCUCCAUGGUUAUUAGUGAGAGCAGGUGGGUGCCCAAGUGAGCAGAUAGCUUUCCUUUUGCAUGUGCAUUGUCUUUCUGUAAUUGUAAGCAGGAAUGGGGUUCAGGACUCGAUGUUAUUUGUCUGAAAGGCCAUGACGAGUACAGAUAUCAGAGGAAAUGAAGAGGCAGGGGCUGGAGGUCUGGGUUCUGCUUUUGGUUUCUUGAUGGUAGGACUGGGGGCAAGUCGGUUACCCUUGGUGUGCCUCGCUGCCCCUGCCUGGGGCAGGAAGGAUGCUUACCAGCCUGAACAGCCCCCGAGACCUAUAGAUGAGUGGUGGUCUAUGAGUGGCUAAGUUUUACUGACACUGUUGUAUGUAGUAUAAAUAAAUUAAUUUGUCCGUAACACUGCAAAAAAAAAAAAAAAAUGCUUUUUCUGGUUUCAGUUCUGACUAUUUAAUGACCAACUACAUUCUGGGUAGUCAGUUUUGAAGCUUAGCAAUUGCUAUAGUACCUACAAUUACACACAUAGUGGGCUCUGUUUGCUGCAGAAAAGAGUAAAACUUUAAACUGCCUGACAAAACUUGCCAAUGAAGUAUAUCUAACAGAGCAGGGGUGUAACUUUUGGCUUUAUUUACUUGUAAUAAUGGUAAGGAACAGUGAAUUUUGUUUGUUUACAUACUGUUUACAAUGGCACAGUUUUAUUUUUAAUAUAUUAAAACAAUUGAGGUAUUUAUUGCAUAUACUAUUUUAAAGAUGUUUUAUGUGUUUUCACCUUUGGAAUAUAUUGUUACAUUUCCUUGUACAGAUAAUUUGGGUGGCUUUGUUAAUAUAGUUAGUAAUUUUUAUGACUACUAAGUGACCAGUUUUCUGUGCCUUUUUAUUGUUGAAUGCAUGAUUACAUAUUUAUUAAUGUAUGGAAGUCACUGAGAUGUGUAUUUUUGUAUUCUGCUGGAAGCAAUGGUUGAUUUUAUUGUACAUGAUAAGAGAUGCCUUCUAUAAUGGGCACUCAUAUGAGAUCUUCCUUCUCAAAUAAACAGAAUACAUUCAA